AUGAGGAGCGUAGUGCUUGUUGCUUUGGCCGCUGCAAUAGGGAAUAUGUUGCAGGGCUGGGACAAUGCCACCAUUGCAGGAGCUGUGAUUUACAUAAAGAAAGAAUUCCAUUUGGAGAAAGAACCAAAGAUAGAAGGAUUAAUCGUAGCAAUGUCUCUCAUCGGAGCCACUAUGAUCACAACAUUCUCUGGUCCUGUCUCUGACAAAGUCGGAAGGCGUGUGAUGCUUAUACUCUCCUCUCUUCUCUACUUUAUGAGCAGUAUCAUCAUGUUUUGGUCUCCCAAUGUCUACGUCCUCCUUUUCGCAAGGCUGCUCGAUGGCUUUGGGAUCGGUCUAGCUGUCACUCUCGUCCCAAUCUACAUCUCUGAGACCGCACCUUCCGAAAUCAGAGGACUGCUCAACACUUUCCCUCAGUUCUGUGGAUCCGGUGGGAUGUUUCUAUCGUACUGUCUUGUCUUUGGUAUGUCGCUUGAAGAAUCUCCCAGCUGGAGGCUCAUGCUCGGAGUUUUGUCAAUCCCUUCCAUUCUCUACUUUGUUCUUGUGGCUUUCUUCUUGCCUGAAUCUCCGAGGUGGCUUGUCAGCAAAGGCCGGAUGGAUGAAGCUAGACAGGUUCUUCAGAGACUCCGUGGCAGAGAAGACGUUUCAGGCGAGCUUGCUCUGCUGGUUGAAGGGCUUGGGGUGGGAAAGGACACGUCGAUAGAGGAAUAUGUGAUUGGACCGGACAACGAGGAAAACGAAAGCGGACAUGAACUGCCAAGGAAAGAUCAGAUAAAGCUAUACGGGCCAGAGGAUGGACAGUCAUGGAUGGCUAAGCCGGUGAAAGGGCAGAGUUCUCUGGCGUUGGCGUCACGGCAAGGCAGCAUGUUACCGCGUGGCGGAUCCAUGGUGGACCCGCUUGUCACUCUCUUUGGCAGCGUUCAUGAGAAACUCCCUACUGAGAACAUGAACGCGUCAUCAAGAAGCAUGAUCUUCCCCAACAUGGGAAGUAUACUUGGAAUGAUGGGAAGGCAGGAGUCUCAGUCUCAGUGGGAUCCAGAGAGGAACAACAACGACGACGACAGCUCUGACCAAGAUGAAAGCUUGAACAGUCCUCUGCUCUCUCCGCAGACUGAGCCGGACGACAGCUACCAGCGUCCUGCUGGGACCAUGCAAAGGCGACAGAGCAGCUUGUUUAUGGCAAACGUGGGUGAGACGGCAACAGCUACGAGCAUAGGCGGUGGAUGGCAGUUGGCGUGGAAGUAUAAUGAUAAAGUUGGUGCAGAUGGUAAGAGAGUCAAUGGAGGGCUACAGAGAAUGUAUAUUCACGAGGAAACGGCCAACAACAACACCAACAACAUUCCUUUCUCGAGGCGUGGAUCGCUUCUCUCCUUCCACACAGAAGCUGGUUGUCCUGAUCAUGAGAAUGGAUACAUUCAGGCUGCUGCACUUGUGAGCCAAGCUUCGAUGAUGCCUGGAGUUAAAGGCGAGACUGCAAUGUUGCCACGGGAGGUUAAAGAAGCUGCUGCUCCAGGCUGGAGGGAGCUGAUGGAACCAGGUGUGAAGAGAGCGUUGAUGGUUGGAGUUGGGCUUCAGAUACUUCAACAGUUUGCAGGAAUAAAUGGAGUGAUGUAUUAUACACCUCAAAUAUUGGAAGAAACAGGUGUGUCGAGUCUUUUGACAAACCUUGGAAUAAGUGGAGAGUCUGCAUCGCUCCUCAUCAGCGCCUUGACCACACUCUUGAUGCUUCCCUGCAUUCUUGUUUCCAUGAGGGCUCUGAUGCUUUCCACAAUCCCCAUUCUAAUAGUGUCGCUGGUAACGCUGGUGAUAGGGAGCUUGGUGAAGCUUGGAGGCCAAGCAAACGCAUUGAUAUCGACAGUUAGCGUUGCCGUGUACCUAUGCAGUUUCGUGAUGGGUUUUGGAGCAAUCCCCAACAUCCUCUGCUCAGAGAUCUUCCCAACCUCUGUGCGUGGUCUCUGCAUCACCAUCUGUGCCCUCACUUUCUGGAUAUGUGACAUCAUCGUCACAUACACUCUCCCUGUGAUGCUGAAAUCGCUUGGUCUUGCGGGAGUCUUUGGCAUUUAUGCAUUUGUUUGUGCUGUCGCGUGGGUUUUCGUGUACCUCAAAGUACCGGAGACAAAAGGAAUGCCUCUUGAAGUUAUCUCCGAGUUCUUCUCUGUCGGUGCAAAACAGCAAGACGCUGCAGCUUCGUUUCUCGCUGAUGACUGA